GAAAUGAUUAAAACUGCAUAUAAAAAGCAGCCCCUCAUUCCUAAAUUGUCUAAUCUAACCUCAGCUAUUGAAAUUUAACAUCCGUUAUCAUGUCGACAAUAAAAAUAGACCUAUGUUUCAUUUAUAUAACCAUCAAUCAAAACAACAAGACAUAAAGAAAAUACUUAUAAGUUCGCAAAAACCCCAACAAAAUCAGAUCAUAUUAAUUUAAAUGUCAGUAAACAUAGCAGAUCACCAAAUAGUUCUCAAAUCCAAUCUAGUCAAGCAAUCUUAAAUGUUUUAAAUCAAAAUAUCAGAUUAAGAUAAUAACAAUAAUCAUAUUAGUAGUAAACCUACAAAUCAAACAAUGUUACUCCCCAAAAGUAAAUUUCCCAAGAGGAAUAGAAUAAAAUUGAUAAAAUACAAACACAAGAGUUGUACUAAUAAAUAAUUAAAUAAAGACAAUAAAGUAUUCAAAAUGUCUAAUAAACUAUUUGUUGCAUCAAUCAUACGGAGAAAAAGGCUAAAUAUUUCAAAGCCAACGAAAAACAAGAGAGAUAAUACUUAUGUUCUCUCUGUGCUAUUUAAGAAGCAUAUGAAGGUCUCAUCUAUGACAUGAAAACUAAUUAAUUGAUUCCUAAGAAGAAAAACUAAAGAAGUUGGACUUUGAAAUAUGAUGAACCAAUCACAACUGAAUAGAAUAGAAAAUUAUAAUAAUUGAACGAAUUCUUAGAAUUAGCCAGAUAAUUAUAUGAUUCUGCAAAAACAAAAAAAGAAGUUUCGCUAAAGUAUAGCAUCUAAGAAAUUCUUGCAGAAAUUGAAACCAUUAGUUAAGAUAUUAUAAAUAAUGCUCAAAACAUCAUCCAAAAUGUGGAAUCGAAGUCUUUCUAGAUGAUAUUGCAAAACUAUGUAAAUAGAUUGCAACAAUUUGAUAUUAUCAUUAAUAAGCAGAAUUGUGUAAACAAGUUACCUUUGAAAAAGUAAGUUUUGAUUAGUUUCCAAAAUAAAGAUAGUUUUGUGAAUCCUGAUUAAAUGGAAUCUACAGAUUCACUAAUGCUAAGAGAAUCAGAAACACAACACUUUUUUGAUGAUUGUAAUGAUGUUACUUUAUAUUCACCAAAUUUCUGA